CAGCGUUUCCUACAAAGUCAAAGCAAGUAGGACAGUUUCUCCAGGAGGGACCUCAGCUCCAGGAGGAAGACCCCUGACCUUUCCAGGAGCACUGCUGAUCAACACACACACACCCGAGCAGCUCCUUGCUGAGGAGUCACAGUGCCCAGACCCAGCUUCACAUUCUGUGGGGACAGACUCUGCUCCGGGACCUGAGCUGCACCUGACCCUGACCGCCCGGGAGAACUGCUCACCUCCAACCUCAUGCUGCUGUGGCUGCUGCUUCUGGCCCUCGGCCCUGCCGGCGUCCGGCCAGACUGGCUCAGCAUCGAUCUGCAGCGCUACGCCUACGAAGGAGACAGGGUGGUUGUGAGGUGCUCUGGAGAAGACAAUGGUAAAAUACGUAGACUGAUGUACUACAAGGAUGGAUCUCGGAUAGCCACCUACUCUAGCGCCUCGAGCUACACCAUUUCCAAUGCAAGACCCAGUGACAGCGGCUCCUAUUACUGUAAGACAGAUAGGCAAAAGUUCCUCUUCAUAGACGUGACAGAAGAAUCAAGCUCUCGACGGCUCACUGUCCAAGAGCUGUUUCCAGCACCUUCCCUGACAGUCAGCUCCUUGCACCCCAUUGAGGAGAACUCGGUGACCCUGUCGUGUGAUACCCGACUCCCCUCAGAUAGGUCAUGGACCCAGCUUCAGUACUCCCUCUUCAGGGAUGGCCACACCAUAAAAUCCCAGAGCUCAUCCAACUUUUGGACCUUAGCAUUAUGGAAAGAAGACUCCGGAAAUUACUGGUGCGAGGCAAUGACAGCAUCUCGCAGUGUCUCCAAGCGGAGUCGUCAGUCCAACAUCCAGGUGCACAGGAUCCCCGUGUCUGGCGCGCUCCUGGAGACCCAGCCCCAGGGCGGGCAGGCCGUUGAAGGAAAGAUGCUGGUCUUUGUCUGCUCUGUGGCCGAAGGCACAGGGGAAACCACGUUCUCCUGGCACAGAGCGGACACAGGGGAGAGUCUGGGGAGUAAGAGUCAGCGUUCCCGGAGAUCAGAGCUGGAGAUCCCCGACGUCAGGGAGAGCCAUGCGGGGGGAUACUACUGUACAGCUGAAAACACCCACAGCCCUAUCCGGAGUGAGGUGCUGAACAUCACCGUGAAAAUUCCAGCGUCGCACCCUGUGCUCACCAUCAGUGCUCCUGAGGCCCAGGCCUUUAUUGGGGACACGGUGGAGCUUCAUUGUGAAGACAAGAGAGCACACCCCCCUGUUCUGUACUCAUUUUAUCAUAAUAAUGUCUCCCUGGGGAACAUCUCAGUGCCUUCCGGAGGCAGAGCGUCCUUCAGCCUCUCUUUGACCAGAGAACAUUUUGGGAACUAUUCCUGUGAGGCCGACAAUGGCCUGGGGGCCCAGCGCAGUGAGGAGGUGGCACUCAACGUCACAGACCCCCCACCCAAAACCCGCUUGGUGAAUGGUGCUCACCGCUGUGAAGGGCGAGUGGAGGUGCAGCAGGCCGGUCGCUGGGGCACUGUAUGUGAUGACGGCUGGGACAUGAAGGAUGUGGCCGUGGUGUGCCGGGAGCUGGGCUGUGGAGCAGCCAAGCACACCCCUGCGGGCAUGUUAUACCCCCCGAUGGCAGAGGAGACCCAGCCUGUGUUUAUUCAGGUAGCCCUGUGCAAUGGGACGGAGGAGGCACUGGCUGAAUGUGAGCAGGUUGAAACCUUCGACUGUGAGCAUGACGAGGAUGCAGGUGCAGUGUGUGAAGAUGUGUGAUGGCAGGGCCUGGGGAAUGGAAACGGGUUAACCCAGCCCUGAGGCCCUUCUCUAUGCUGCCACCUUCAAUUCACCGUACCACUCAUCAUUGCCCCUUCCUCCACCAGAAACACUUACCAUUCUACAUUGGCAUGUGGUCAGGAUAACACCAUUCUAUCUAAUAAAAGAGCAAUAUGCAAAUUGA